AUUGAGGUGCCAUAGCUGAUUGGUUAGCUGUUCCGUAAAAUCUCACCGCCGAGUAGGUAAGAUUAUGUUCACCAUGUUGGAUCAAGUGUUUAUCCUGUUUACCUUGUGAUCGGUUGGAUCAUGUCAGCGGAGCGUCAUCGUGCUGAAGUGUAGAGGACCCGCAGCCCGGCUCCCCGGCCCCCGGCCCGCCGCGGUGAACCUUCCUGACACCGACAGGAGGAGGAGGACUUCGGUGUGGAGAUGAAGCUGCCCACUCUGGUAGCUAGCUCCGAGCUGUCAGGUUAAGAAACUCUCGUCUUCACACGGGCGGCACGCAAAUUUAUUUAUCUUGCGUUAAAGAAGAACUUUUUGUCACAUUGUUCUCGCGUCUCUCUGGACUCGUACUUGUUUAGAGGACAGAGCGAAACAGGCCGAAAACAAAGAUUUCGUCGGCAAAUCAAGUCAUCUAGAAGGAACUAUGAGGGCUCGGGCUCUGAUGUUUUGAGCAGUGGUCACAGCCCCUCUGGUCGGGGUGAUGGGGGUUUCUCUCUAAACAAACACUUCCAUGUGAGUGGAUGGCGGCGGCUCGGGCCUGUCUGUCUGCUUGCGUCUGCUGUUGUAUUAUCGCCUUAGCCGGGAUACACCCCCUCUGCGCCGGAUCUGCGCCGUUAAUCACGGCUCGGAGAUUACCUCUGUUUACGGAAUAGCUACCUCGCUCUGCGCGCAAAAAUAGGAAGAGGAGUCCAUUUGGAAUAACAGAUGCAGUUUCCCGGCUGCGUGGACCCCCCUUUAUGGGAGGAUUUGCGGCGCUGGUUCGAAGCCUGUAAAAAACUUUGGCACUUGUUUUAGAUGGAUGUUGUUGUUCCCAUGUGACGGGCUCCAGAUCACAGCGCGGCGGAAUCAACACAAUGGGAGACAUCAAAAUCCAACAACUUUAUUUAUUCAGGGAGGCUCAGGAUUAUUUCCACUAAUUAUUUUUGGUGUGGUUGUGUCAAGUUUUUAUUUUUUACAUUUUUUUUUUAAAAACACUUGACAUUGCUUUAAAUUUGAGCAAAAUUAUCUUUAGUUUCAGAUCACUGAAACACAAGUGAGAAAACUGGGGCUGAAGUUUGUUAGCUGCUGCUUUUUUUUUUUUUUAAAGUUGCAUUAUGAUAAACAUUAUGGCAAACUGUUUUAUUUACGUUUUGUGUGAAGAUUUAAAGUAACUGAUGUUGAUCUUUUGAAGCCAGAUUCUGUUUUACUGAGUUUUCAGUGUAAGGGUCCAGUCUGGUAGCCUUCAUCACCACUUUCUGACCCGGUAGACUGUUUUUUUUUUGGUUUUUUUUUUGCUGCUGAAUGGCUCUUUGCAGCACAACUGCCACAAACGUUCCAAAAAUGAUGACUGCUUACAACGGUGGCUCCUCAGCAGUGGCUGCCCAUCACCAUCACCAGCUGCAGCACCUCCCGCCUCCCCACAUGCACCAUCACCACCACCACCACCAAGCAGGACAGCAUCACUUGCAGCACCCGGGUUCUGCUGCAGCGGUGCGCACGGUGCAGCAGCACACAGCCACUGCUGCGGCUGCAGCAGUGAUGCUCAAUCCUGGCCAGCAGCAGCCCUACUUCCCCUCUCCUGCGCCUGGACAGGCUCCAGGACCUGCUUCAGCUGCAGCUCCAGCCCAGGUUCAAGCCGCUGCUGUCAAGUCUCACCACCACCACCACCAUCAGCAGCAGCAGCAAAACACGCAUCACCUUCAGCAGCAGCUGGACAUAGAGCCUGAUCGGCCCAUCGGCUACGGUGCGUUUGGAGUCGUCUGGUCGGUGACGGAUCCCAGAGAUGGAAAGCGAGUGGCUCUCAAAAAGAUGCCCAAUGUCUUCCAGAAUCUUGUUUCUUGCAAAAGGGUCUUUCGGGAACUGAAGAUGUUGUGUUUCUUCAAACAUGAAAAUGUACUUUCUGCUUUGGACAUACUGCAGCCUCCACACAUCGACUACUUUGAAGAAAUCUAUGUUGUGACUGAACUUAUGCAAAGUGACCUCCAUAAGAUCAUUGUAUCACCACAGCCUCUGAGCUCAGAUCAUGCCAAAGUUUUUCUGUAUCAGAUUCUUCGGGGACUUAAAUACCUGCACUCUGCUGGAAUUCUGCACCGAGACAUCAAACCUGGCAACCUCCUGGUCAACAGCAACUGUGUGCUCAAGAUCUGUGAUUUUGGGCUCGCCCGUGUGGAGGAGUUGGAUGAGUCCCGGCACAUGACUCAGGAAGUUGUGACGCAGUACUACAGAGCACCAGAGAUCCUUAUGGGCAGCCGGCACUACUCCAACUCCAUCGAUAUUUGGUCUGUGGGCUGCAUCUUUGCAGAGCUGCUGGGUCGGCGCAUCCUCUUCCAAGCUCAAAGUCCCAUUCAGCAGCUGGAUUUAAUCACUGACCUACUGGGGACGCCUUCUAUGGAGGCAAUGAGGACGGCAUGUGAAGGCGCACGGGCGCACAUUCUCAGAGGAACUCAUAAGCAGCCAUCCCUCCCUGUUCUGUACACACUGUCUAGCCAGGCAACCCACGAAGCAGUUCAUCUGUUAUGCAGGAUGCUGGUGUUUGAUCCAUCUAAGAGGAUUUCUGCCAAGGACGCUUUGGCUCACCCUUACCUAGACGAGGGUCGACUGCGCUACCACACGUGUAUGUGCAAAUGCUGCUACACCACAUCCUCCGGCCGGGUUUACACCAGUGACUUUGAACCGGUCACUAACUCCAAGUUUGACGAUGGUUUUGAGAAAAACCUGACCUCUGUGAGGCAGGUCAAAGAGAUCAUCCAUCAGUUUAUUUUGGAACAACAGAAGGGGAGUCGGGUGGCGCUCUGCAUUAACCCUCAAUCAGCUGCUUUCAAAAGCUUCAUAAGCUCCACAGUAGCUCAACCCUCUGAAAUGCCUCCAUCUCCGCUUGUGUGGGAAUAGAUGCUGCUGUGCACCAUCCUUUUCCCCAGCUGACCCGUUGGAACCCGAAAGCACCUAAUAAUUACGUAGCAUUUCACUGGAGUGAAGAACUCGCGGCUCUGAUCUAUUCAAGUGGACACAUGGAGAAAACGACUGAUACCUUUUGGAUUUGAAGUCUUGAUUUACAAAUGAAUGGGACAGCAGCUUGUUAGAACAAAUGUUGAAGGUGAACUAAUGUAUUAGUUGCUGAGUAGACAAUAAAAUCUUUAGAAAACAAAGUACAGUUGUUGAUGAUCGUACCCAAUACCUGCAAAGAUGUAUAGAUUUUUUUUAAAUUUUUUUUUUGCCAGAUGUAAACUACUUACAUUUAUUGCAAACCGUACACUUUGGCAUAUUCCUGUUAUUACGUCAACCAGCAAUGUUGCAAUGGUUCUUUAGAUCCCACGUUGCUUCGUAUCCAGACAAUCAACUGUAAAUGUGUCUGUAGAAUGGACAGAUACCCCAAGUUUUACAAAACAACAACAAAAAAAAAUGUUCUAUUUGAGAUGUGAAAAAUGUUUAAACUUUGGUUGUUGGAAGCAUUUGUCUUUUCUUUUUUUUUCCCUCAUCAAAUGUUUAUUUUACCAAAGAUUAGGAGCCUCGUGCAGGAAUUAUGCAGCGAGGUAAUCAACAGGCCCCGCGUACAAACAGUACAUGCUUUCUAAAUGGGUUUUCGUCUGCACAGUUUUCACUUUAUGCAAAAAUGUAGAAGGAUAAGCGUACAUUUUAUAGAAGGAUGCAACUGAUGUUUCAGUUGAAGGAGUUCUAAAGAUUCUGCCAUCAAACCUUUCUUGCACGAUCACUUCCUUCGGUUCGGAUGUCCUGGUUCUGUUCGGAUGCUCAGAUUCUGAUGGAGCAGUGGUUCCCAGCCUUUCCACUGUCAAACCCAGUUGCUCCUCCUCUUACAUAUUAAACCAGAAGUUUCCAUCCACAGCAUAAAAGUUUAAAAGACAGUUAUCAUUGAUUCUAAGUAAAUGUACGGGAACUUGUGAAUUUAAAGAAAGUUGCAAAAAAACAAACAAACUGGCAAUUAAUAAAUGGAAAUAAUUUAUGUAAUUCUAACUGAUCCAACAUGAGAUUUUUGGUCUGAUUUUAAUUCAGAAAGCAAGGAAGAAAUUGUGCUUGUCUUUUUAAUUGGUUUAUGUAAUUUUUUUAAAAAUACAACAAUGUUUUAAUACAACAAGUAUUAAUGCAUUUGAAUCAGUUUGCAGAAUAUUUUGCUGAUCUUGGCUGUAAUGUUUGUGAUGGAAAGUUAGACUUUUAAGUAAAGCUGCUAAUGUCAGAGGUAUGCUACUGAAUAACAUUCUACAUUUACUGGACAUUUGAAUUGGGUCAGAAUUACUCUAAGUAAAUAAUAAAACAAAUACAGCAGAACUUUUUCCAAACACUUUCAAAAUUACUGUGCAAAGAUUCACACAAAGGGCUGCUUUGCUCUUGGGCCACCAAGGAUGUCGUUUCUAAGCCUGGUUUUAUGCUGAAACUUGCAUGAACAGCAUAUUUUGUUCAGAACUUGCAUCAAAAUGUCUGGUUUCAUUGGAGACUUGAUAUGUUGGAAAGAAUAUCCAACUUUAUCAUUCCUUGCUCUUUUGUUUGUACAUGUUUGUUUCUAACUGUUUUAGUCAACCACGCCUCUACAAAGAGUUUCUUGUUUAAAAACUUAAAAUGUGCCCUGGGAAAGGUUCUGGGUCAGAACCACUGCAUUACAGGGUAUGAGUACCUCUUUAUGAAAAGCAUUUUGGUUGUGGCAAAGAAUUUAUGUAUCCCAAAAAUAAUCCAUAGUCUGAAUCCUAUCUGCAUUUUAGGACCUCUAUCUGAUUAUAAUGUUCUCUCACAGCAGAGUAGUUUCUAUGAAUUCAUGUGUGCAAUCAUUGGCAUGGUUAUAAUAGUAACAUUCUUUAGAUUUCCCUUUGGAAUCAAUUCAAUCUGUCAGCAUUAUUCUAAAAUAUUCAGCCCUCCUUUAAAAGCUGUGAUGUGUGUGACGAACACAGAUCUCACUGAUUAUUAGCCCCAGAAAACACACCCACGUUUUCGACAUGCUCUGUUGUGAUGAGGUUGAAAUAAAAUGCAUUUGCUUAGUCAAUUCGUGGCCUUAAAGAUUGAAUCUUUGUGAUGAUUGUAAAUGUAGUUUCAGAACCUGUCAGUGGAAGUGCAUGUCAACAACUUUCUGUAGAAAAGCAAUAUCUGUAGAGUGGUGUGAAAAAGGGUUUGCCUCUUUCCUGAUUUCAUAUAUAUAUAUAUAUAUAUAUAUAUAUAUAUAUAUAUGUAUAUAUAUACUGUAUAUACAGUAUAUAUGACACUCGAGUGUUUCAAAACGUCGAUCCAAUUUAGAUAUUAGUCAAAGACAUCACCCGUAAACACAAAAUGCUGUUUUCAAAUGGUGUUCAUUAUUAAGGGAGGAAGAAAAUCCAAACUUUCAUUUACCCUUUGUGAAAAAGUGAAUUUCCCCUAAAAAGGGGAAACCAACUGCAAUCAAGCAUUUGCAAUAAUUUGUGAUGAGUCUUUUCCAGCUGUGGAGGAAUUUUGAGCCACACAUUAAUGCAGAAUUGUUCUAAUUCAGUCACAUUGACCAUCAAUGGUCUUCGUUCAGUUUUUCUUCAGCCAGAGGUGGACUUGCUGCCGUGUUGUGGGUCAUUGUCCUGCUGUAGAACCAGCGUUGGUUUCAGCUUCAGAUGGCCGAACUUUCUCCUUUGGGAUGUUUUGGCAAACUCCGUUUAUCCCAGCGAGUUCACCAGAUUCUGAAGCAGUAAAACAGCCCCAGAGCAUCACUCUACCACCACCAUGCUCUACUGUUCUUUUUCUGAAAUGCAGUGUUACUUGAACACGUCUGAAAAGAGUUUUACUUUUGGUCUCAUAAUUCUACAGAAUGUUUCAAAGACCAUUCUUAAUAUUCUUUUUGCCCAGCAGUGGUUUUCAUUGGGGAACUCUGCCUUUUGUCCAGUCUCUUUUUUUUUUCAUGAUGGAAGCAUGACCUCUGACCUUAUGUGUGGCAAGGGAGGCAUGCAGUUAUUUGGAUGUUGUUGAGUGUUUUGUGACCUCUUGGAUGAGUCACCACUGUGCUCUUGGGGUAAAUUUGGUCGUUGGAAGCCUCACCACUGUGUGGAUAACAGAUGACGGCUCUUGCUGUGGUUCACUGGAGUCCAAAGACUUUAAAAUCUACUUUGUAACCCUUCUCAGACUGAUUGAUCUCAAUUAUUUUCUUUCUUAUUGUUGUACCUGAAUUUCUGUGGAUCUCUGCAUGAUGUUUAGCCUUUGAGGAUCAUUUGGUGUACUUCACUUUGUCAGUGAAAUACUGCCUGACAAAGUGAUGUCUUGAUUGAAACGAUGAUCCUGAUUGAAACAGUGAUAAACCAUGCGAUGGUGGGUGGAGCAAUCAUUUUUUCACACAGUGUUACAAUCCAAACCUUGAAGGUUUGGAUUGUUUUCCCUUUCAAAAUACUUUUCACAAGUGCUUUUUUGGGGGGAGGUUGUUGCUUGCAUUGUCUUUGACUUAUAUUGAAAUUGGUUUGGUUUGAAGUGAGACAAAGAUGCAAAAAAAAAAAAAAAAAGGAUAUGAGGAAGGGCAAACACUUUGUCACACUACUGUGAAAAAGUGGUAAAAUAAUUUCAGUGUCGAUGUUUCACUUUGAAUGAACAUGAUUAACCCUUUACCUGCCCCAGAACAAAUGCAGGAGCUAAUGAGGAAGGAGCCCAGCUGAGGAAGCACAGCUGGAGCUCAGUGUUGCCGUUGCACCUGGCCCCACAGCAACGCUCAUUCAUUGGUCAACCAAUCACAGUGUUUUGUGUAAACCUCGUUGCCUUCCGGUCCCACAUGGCCCUGACAGCCUUUUCAAUGCUUGUGCUUGAUUAGAGAGCAGCUCAAUUUAAUGUCUUGGUUCUUAAACCAAUAUGUCUAAAGUUUUGUGUUGGAGUGAGUUACAGGCCCACAAUCUGGUUUCUCAGGUUUUUACAG